AUGGCAGCGCUGCUCCGGGCCGGGCCGUUGUCAGGCCCGUCCCCAGCCGUGGCGGCGGGGCUGCUGGGACUGCUGAGCGUGGCCUUGGCUCUCGGCGGUGACCGGGGCGGCAGCAGGAGCAGCAGCACCAGCAGCACUCCUUUUCCCUGGGACGCAGUAAGGCUCCCCAAGCACGUCAUCCCGCUGCGUUACCACCUCCUCAUCCAUCCUAACCUCACCACCCUGACCUUCGCUGGCACCGCCGCCAUAGAGGUUACAGUCACCCGGCAGACAAGCGCGGUCAUCCUGCACGGCAAGCGCCUACGUGUCACGAAGGCUGCCAUCGAGGCUGGGAGCGCCGGCCUGGCGCAGGAGGCGCGGGUGCUGGAGCACCAGCCCUUCGAGCAGGUGGCACUCCUCGCCGCCGAGCCGCUGCGGGCCGGGCACAACUACACUCUCAGCAUCCAGUACCUCGCAAAUCUUUCCGAGUCCUUCCAUGGCUUUUAUAAAAGCACCUACAGGACCCGGGAGGGAGAACUCAGAGUGCUUGCAGCGACACAUUUUGAGCCGACAGCGGCGCGGAUGGCCUUCCCGUGUUUCGAUGAACCAGCCUUCAAAGCCAGGUUUUCAGUUAGGAUUAGGAGGGAACCGAAGCACCUUGCACUGUCCAAUAUGCCAAUUGUGAAGUCUGUGAAUAUAAAUCCCUGGCUUGUUGAGGACCAUUUUGAUACCACUGUCAAGAUGAGUACAUACCUUGUGGCCUUUAUUGUUUCGGAUUUUAAAUCCAUCAGCAAAAUAACCGGUCAUGGAGUUAAGAUUUCUGUGUACACGGUGCCAGACAAGAUCAACCAAGCUGAUUAUGCAUUGGAUGCAGCAGUGAAACUUUUAGACUUCUAUGAGGAUUACUUCGGCAUUCCGUAUCCUUUACCUAAACAAGAUUUAGCAGCUAUUCCUGAUUUUCAGUCUGGUGCUAUGGAAAACUGGGGACUGACCACAUACCGGGAGUCUGCGUUGUUGUAUGACCCUGAAGAGUCCUCAGCAUCUUCUAAACUUGGGGUUACUAUGGUAAUAGCCCAUGAGCUGGCUCAUCAGUGGUUUGGCAACCUCGUUACCAUGGAGUGGUGGAAUGAUCUGUGGUUAAAUGAAGGGUUUGCAAAAUUUAUGGAGUUCGUGUCAGUCAGUGUUACCCAUCCAGAACUGAGAGUUGAAGACCAUUUCUUAACGAGAUGUUUUCAUGCCAUGGCAGUGGAUGCAUUAAAUUCAUCACAUCCUAUAUCUACUCCAGUGGAAGAUCCAGCUCAAAUUUUAGAAAUGUUUGAUGAUGUUUCUUAUGAGAAGGGGUCUUGUAUAUUAAAUAUGCUGAGGGACUACAUGACUGCUGAUGUAUUUAAAGCUGGACUUGUGCAGUACCUGCAGAAAUACAGCUAUCAGAAUACAAAAACUGAAGAUUUGUGGAACAGCUUGACAAAUAUUUGCCCUACAGUAGGUACCGACAAAAAUGAACUACAAGGUGAUGGUUUUUGCAGAAGAAGCCAACAGUCAUCGUCAAAUGCACACUGGACUAAAGGAGAGACUCUUGAUGUGAGGGCAAUGAUGGAUACCUGGACACUGCAAAAAGGUUUUCCCCUGGUAACUGUCACAGUGAGAGGGAAGAAUGUCCACCUGCAGCAGGAGCGCUACGUGAAGGGAGUACAUUCUCCUUCAUCCACAGGGUACUUGUGGCACAUUCCACUAACCUACAUUACCAGUAAAUCUGACACUGUUCAGAGAUUUUUGAUGACGACUAAAGCAGAUGUCAUUAUCCUUCCGGAAGAGGUGGAGUGGGUUAAAUUCAAUGUGGACAUGAAUGGGUAUUACAUUGUGCACUACGAAGAUGAUGGAUGGGAUCGUCUGAUUAACCUUUUGAAAGAGAACCAUACAGUGAUUAGCAGCAAUGACAGAGCAAGUCUCAUUAGCAACGUAUUCCAGCUCGUGACAAUAAAAAAAUUGCCAAUUUCCAAAGCUUUUGAUUUAACUUUAUAUCUGAAACAUGAAAGACAAAUCAUGCCUGUACUCCAAGGUAUGAAGGAGCUGAUUCCUAUACACAGGCUUAUGGAGAGGAGCAAUACGGAUGGUACAGACAAACAGUUAAAGGACUAUAUAGUCAAUCUAUUUAAAGACCUGAUUGACAAGCAGUCCUGGAGUGAUGAAGGCUCAGUGUCUGAGAGAUUGCUUAGGCACUUGCUCCUGCUGUUUGCGUGCGUGCGCAGGUACCAGCCGUGCGUGGACAAAGCCAAAGGAUAUUUUACAGAAUGGCAGAAAUCCAAUGGAACCUUGAGCUUGCCAGCAGAUGUGAAGACAGCAGUGUAUGCUGUUGGAGCACAAACAUCCGAAGGCUGGGAUUUCCUCCUUAGUAAAUACAAGCUGCAGUCGUUCAGUGUACAGAGAGAGGACAUUGAAUUAGCUCUCAGCUUCAGCAGAAGUAAGGACAAACUUCAGUGGUUAAUGGAUCAAGGUCUGCGUGGUGACAUCGUAAGAACUCAGGAUCUUCCACAUAUUAUUGUAUAUGUUGCCAGAAACCCAUCUGGCUAUCAUCUAGCUUGGAUGUUUUUAAAAGAAAAUUGGGAGAAAAUUGUAGAAAAAUUUGAACUCGGUUCGACUUCCGUAGCAAGCAUUGUCACUGGAGUGACAAGUCAGUACUCGACAAGGUCACAGCUUGCACAGGUAAAAGAAUUCUUCAGUUCUCUGGAGGAAAAAAGCACACGGCUCCGCUGUGUCCAGCAAGCUGUUGAAACUAUCGAAGACAAUAUACAAUGGAUGGAUCGAAAUUUUGAGAAAGUCAAAGCGUGGUUGCAAAACAACCGUCUGUAAAUUAAGGCAGCUUGCUUAUGUUUGUCAGAAAUAACUGAAAGGCACUGAAAAGGUGUGAAAAGUCAGGGUUGGAGGGACAGCUCAAUUGUAUCAGUUUCUGUGGAAGGAGCUGUCAGGCAGUCUAAUGCUGCUGCUCACUGUUUUUCUCUCUCAUGGCUGUGGUUUGCUGGGAGCAGAACUACACCAUUCAUCGAUCUCUUUCACCAGGUAACACUUCUAAGAGAAAAGGAACAUUGUACACUGAACUAAGGCGUAGGGGAGGCUGACUACCAGAAAUCUGAAAUACACUGCUUCUGAAAAGGCAGAAGGUACUGGGAGGCAACCAACCAAGAGCAACUUUUCCCCCUGCAAAUGCUGACCCUUCCAGUAUCUUUCCUACAAAGAUAGAACUGGCAGCUCUAUUUAACACAGAAGUGCACUGAAGCUCUGGAGGAAAGCCAUCUUUGCAUCUGUCUUUACCCUUACGGUUUAUGUUUCCAGGAGAAUAAUUUUUACAAACGUGUACCUGGGAUCACGCUUCACAUAUAAUUAAAAAAAAAACCCCAAGUAUCGACUGUAAUUAAAAUUGCAUCUGUCAGAGUUAAUAUGAGAAGGACUAGGUCUAUGCAAGCUUUAUUGUAGUCUCUCAGGGCCGGAGGUCGUUGCGGUGGUGUGGAUGGCCGAGUCCCUGCUGCGCUUCUGUCCCCCGAGUAUCACCCUCUCCCAGGGGUUCUGCCCCACUCCUUUUGCUGCUGAUGUAAAUACUUUGCCUGCGCUGGAAAUAUGCGUGCGCUUUUAGCGAACAUUCAGGAAAUGAGUACAUACAUUUUGUGUAGGGGAAAAAAAAAAAAAUCAGUGAUUUUCACUUCAGAUGAUUAACCAUCAGUAUGUUUUAGCAGGAAUUUUUAAUUAUCCCUGUUUCACCUAAUUGAAAUGCAACCGUUGUCACAUGUACUCACUGACAUUUAAAAGGACAGUCAGUCAUUCAUAAUGGUCUUUAUAUCUUACCUGUAGGGUAAUGGUAAGAAUUGUAAGCUCAUUGCUCUAAGGAGAGAAAUUAUUACUAUCAUGUGCUCGGAAGGGACAGUUACUUAAGAAAGCUAAAUUGAAAUCUUGGAGGUGAGGUUUUUUUUGGUGGAGGGUUUUUUUUCAACAGGCAGUUGUGAAUGGCUGCCUCCAUUUACCUGCAGAAACCUUUUAUUUCUGUACUAAACUUUAAAAAAAAAAAAUUCCAACUAAUUACCACAUAUGCUUAAAUGCACUUGAUUUCUUUGCUCUUACAACCAUGCCCUCAGUGCGAUUCCGUAGCGUUUAUUUCCUCUGCGGUUCUGACCUGUCUCAGUUUCCUCACUGAUACGCUGAAGCAGCCAGAACCUUUAACAAAGAUAAAGACUUCAGGAAAAAUGCAUAACCUGGAACUAAUCAUAAGCUUUUGACUGUGCCUUGCCUGCUCUUCUCUCAACUAGAAAUUACACCUGCCCAAGUAGCUGAAACCUGCUUCAUUAGAGUUCAGAAAGGCUGUGGGGUUCUGCUAUUGAGGGUGAAAACCUCUGUCAUGACGUUACAGAAAAUACCGUUUCCUUUCGCUCGCCAUAUCCUUUUAUAUACCAGGCAUCGUGAACCUCUGACCUCGUUAAGGGAAACAGGAAUUCUGAGCAGGCUGUGCAUCAUGCGUACAACCUUUUCUGGUAUUUGAGGCACUGUUGACUGUUGCUUGCUUUAAAAUGUUUUCAGAGCUGAAAAGGCAAUUUAACAAAAAAUAAAAUUCGUUUACACG